UCUGCUUCCCAUUCCUUCUAUUGCAGACGCAACAUGGCGGACUAGAAGAGGCGGCGACUCCCCUGGAUGCAAGGAAUAAACUGGGAUUCACGUCCCCCUAUGCCUCGAGGAAGACGGAGAGAUACAAAUGUGUUAUAGAGACCUUCGGUAACAUUGAGGAAUGUUUGGGACCGUUCUAGUCACUCGUUAGGAUAAACAGACGUGCGAUCUUUUGGCCCCAAAUUGCCUGUCCCAGAUCGUUCCUAUCACUGACACAGCCCCCCCACACACACUUGGAUACUGGAGUGUGGAGACGGGCCGGGGUUGAGAACGUGUGAAAAGGAAGAAAGGAAUUUCACUACUGUAGAUAUUCAGGAUUGUAUUACACCAAACGGGCGUCGGGGACCAUACUGUGCGAAUGAGUGAUUGAUGCCAACUUCGCUUCUUAAGGGCAGUAUGGGUGUGUCUCCCCUGCUCCUGUUGCUCAGUGUGGCCCUCAGGGUCUCCGUCUCGGACCAGGGACCACCUCUCACCCCCACAGGAGGUCCAGUCCCCACUGCCAAAUCCAAGGACCCUCCCUCCACCACCCUCCCCAAUGUUCCCUUGACAACAACCAUCACCCCCCCUCCUCCCCCUCCAACAACCACAGCCCUGAAGGUUGCCACGACGACAAUGACAACUACCACAACCGUGGAUGGUGUCAUAUUGACUGCAGGCCCCAGUGGUGCCACCCCUGCGCCCGUCCCCCCUCCACCAACCUCUGGCCCAACCGAAGCCCCCCAAAUCCAUACAGGGGUGAACUCCACCCCGCAGCCACCCCCUGCUCCCACCACAAUCAGUCAGGGAGGGGGUGGGGAGAAUGGGACCUCUGUUCCAGAGACUCAGUCACCAGACACUGCCACCAACACAGACACAAAACCAACGGUGGAAGCCACGUCGGCCACUAGCGGGGCUACUGUUCCAGGUGGUGGAGAAGAAGACACCGAUGACACGCCCAUCAUUGCGGUGAUGGUGGCUCUGUCGUCCCUGCUCGUCAUUGUCUUCAUCAUCAUCAUCCUCUACAUGCUCAGGUUUAAGAAGUACAAGCAGGCCGGCAGCCAUUCUAACUCCUUCAGGCUGACCAACGGUAGAUCAGAUGAUACAGAGCUCCAGAGUGUGCCACUAUUGGCCCGUUCACCCAGCACCAACAGGAAGUACCCUCCCCUUGUUGUCGACAAGCUGGAGGAGGAGAUGAAUCGUCGCAUGGCUGACGACAACAAGCUCUUCCGGGAGGAGUUCAACGCGCUGCCGGUGUGUCCCAUUCAGGCGUCGUGCGACACGGCCUCUAAAGAGGAGAACAAGGACAAAAACCGAUACGUCAACAUCCUGCCAUAUGAUCACUCCAGGGUGCAUUUGUCAUCACUAGAGGGAGUUCCAGACUCCGACUUCAUCAACGCAUCCUUCAUCAACGGGUACCAAGAGAAGAACAAGUUCAUUGCAGCUCAAGGGCCAAAGGAGGAGACGGUGAACGACUUCUGGAGAAUGAUCUGGGAACAGAACACAGCCACCAUCGUCAUGGUGACCAACCUGAAGGAAAGAAAAGAGAAAUCCAUACAGCGGCAAUCUCUCUGUGUGUCUCAGUGUAAGUGUGCCCAGUACUGGCCAGACCAGGGCUGCUGGACCUACGGCAACAUCCGGGUCUCUGUGGAGGACAUGAUGGUGCUGGUGGAUUACACCAUCCGCAAGUUCUGCAUCCAACAGGUGGGGGAUGUGGGGGGUAAGAAGCCUCAGCGGCUGGUGACCCAGUUCCACUUCACCAGCUGGCCAGACUUUGGCGUCCCCUUCACGCCCAUCGGCAUGCUCAAGUUCCUCAAGAAGGUCAAGACCUGCAACCCCCAGUACGCUGGCCCCAUCGUGGUCCACUGCAGUGCGGGGGUGGGGAGGACCGGUACCUUCAUAGUGAUAGAUGCUAUGUUGGACAUGAUGAACACCGAGAGAAAGGUGGACGUCUUUGGCUUUGUCACACGUAUCAGAGCCCAGCGCUGCCAAAUGGUCCAGACAGACAUGCAAUACGUGUUCAUCUUCCAGGCCAUGCUGGAGCAUUAUCUGUAUGGGGACACCGAGCUGGAGGUGACCUCCCUGGAGUCCCACCUGGCCAAGCUCUACGCCCCCUCCGCCGCCGGCUGUGGGGGCAUGGAAGCGGAGUUCAAGAAGCUGACUUCCAUCAAGAUCCAGAACGACAAGAUGAGAACAGGCAACCUGCCAGCUAACAUGAAGAAGAACCGAGUUCUCCAGAUCAUCCCAUAUGAGUUCAACAGAGUGAUCAUCCCAGUCAAGAGAGGGGAGGAGAACACGGACUAUGUCAACGCCUCCUUCAUUGACGGGUACCGUCAGAAGGACUCGUACAUGGCCAGCCAGGGUCCGCUGCAGCACACCAUCGAAGACUUCUGGAGGAUGAUCUGGGAGUGGAGGAGCUGCUCCAUAGUCAUGCUCACUGAGCUGGAGGAGAGAGGACAGGAGAAGUGUGCCCAGUACUGGCCCAGUGAUGGGGUGAUAGUGUGUGGGGACAUCUCCAUCGAGCUGAAGAAGGAGGAGGAGAGUGAGAGCUACACUGUUAGAGACCUCCUGGUCACCAACAACAGGGAGACCAAGGCUCGUACGGUGAGACAGUUUCAUUUCCAUGGCUGGCCAGAAGUGGGCAUUCCCAGUGACGGGAAGGGAAUGAUCAACAUCAUUGCUGCGGUCCAGAAGCAGCAGCAACAAUCUGGCAACCACCCAAUCACUGUCCACUGCAGUGCGGGCGCGGGGCGGACGGGGACCUUCUGUGCCCUGAGCACGGUCCUGGAGCGGGUGAAAGCUGAGGCCAUCUUGGACGUCUUCCAGACCGUCAAGAGCCUUCGGCUGCAGAGACCCCACAUGGUGCAGACACUGGAGCAGUACGAGUUCUGCUACAAAGUGGUCCAGGAGUAUAUUGAUGCCUUUUCUGACUAUGCCAACUUCAAGUAGGGACAGACCCCCACAAGGGACGGACAUCCAUAUACAGUCAUAAAAACAAAGCAAACACACGUGUACCCGACGGAAGCAAAGAAACUGGUCACGGCUUAGAUGACUGGACAGCCUCUGUGCUAGAAGGAAAACUGAAGGGAAGUCUUGUGACAGAGCAAGUGCAGCGCUGCAGUGUACUGGAGGGAGGGAGGGAAUAUCAGAGAUGCCUUCUUGAAUAUUUUGUAAUAUUGAUCUUGUUAAUACGGCCCCCUUGUCCCAAUCUUUCCCCAUCCAGACAUCCCCCAAUCAUGUACAUAUACUUAGCCUGUCACAUUUUGGUGUUUUGUUUUUAAGACCUUUUUUGCUGCAAUUUUAGGGUGAAGUUAUAAUGUAUUUUAUUGGUUUAUAUAAAUAUAUAUGAAUAUAAAUUGGACACUUGAGGCUAAUGUCAAAAAUUGCGAAUUGAGGGAAUGAUGUUGGUGUUUUUUUUAUUUCUCUUGUCUUUUGUUUUUUAUGGUUCAGUGACUGAGACUUACGUGGUUGAUGGCUUCAUCUGAUUCAGGCUGCAGCUUAAAGCUGAUAGGUCGACUUCAGAGGAAUUGAUUUACACAGCCAAUCAGAAUUCUUCUGUUCACACGAACGCACACACGCUACAGCUGGCCAGAAGCACAUCCAGAAUUGGUCAUGAUGGCUUUGCUAAUCACAUGGUCCAAACUCUUUCGACUAGUUUUCCGUUGAGUUCACACAGAGGUCAAUGAAUCAUGGCAGGACUAAGGGCGUAGCUAGCCACAUGUCUCCAAUACAUUGUGGCUUUGCUGUGUUUGUGUUCAAGGACCUAGGAAACGCUGUCAUAUAGGUGGUCUUAUACAUGCUGGGCUUCAGUGGAUUAUAUGUGUGUAGAAAGUUUAGGGAAGUUGAAGUUUCCCAUACUGAAAAGAUAUCAAACGUCAAAUAUAUUGAAAUGUAAGGAGCGUGUUGAAGAUUUGGCCAGCAAUGCAUUCAAAAUAGCCUUUGCAUAAUAAUGAUGAGUAUGAGGUUGAUAUGUUGCCACAAUAUAAUGAUUCAUUCAGAAUGACCCUGUAUAAAACUGUCGAUUUUGGAUGUAUGUCCAUAUAUCUCAACAUAUAGUAACCAUGCAAUUACUGUGCAUUUCCUAUCUUUGUUGCAUCAUGGAAAUGAACCAAUUCUUAUGUAUGUUUUCAUAUUUAAUUGCUUACAGUUGGAAUGGGGGAAAACAUGUCCUAUCUCUUAUUUACGCGUCAUUCCAUUUACUUGUUUGUAAUCUAUUGGGUAUAUUUCUUUUCGGUAUAGGUUGGUUGAGAAGAUGGCGUCAAAAUGUGAAGACCCCCUCUGUUUUUCAACUGGGGCCUGUUCAGGGUGAUGAAACAUUACAGAAAUGUAUUGUGUAGAACAUAUAUGGUUGUCAUAUAGAAUAGAAAUUGUCAGCUCUUCAUUAUAUUUCUAUCUGCACCAUUUUUAGAACGUCUAUCUGUUAGUGUUUUAUUGAAAUAGAAUUCAACGCCAAUGAAAUAGAAUUCAACUCCGAUGUCACAUACUGAGAAUUUGUUAUACUUUAAUGCUGUUGCUUUGAUACUCCCACCUUUUUUUUCUUCAGAAUGGCUGCCUAAUAAGGACAGCUUGGCUUGAAACACACGCUAUGGGUUUGUGGAUGAGGCCACCCUCGGGCGUACCUCAGUCUUUAGUUUUGUUUUUUUUUGUAAUGAAAGAUAAAUGAUGUCAGUUAGCUAGCAACAAGGUUGAGGUCAAUUCCAUCUCUGCUUGGUCAACUCAGGAAAUGAUUUAUAGUUGUCGGUGGGGGGGGUUCCUGUACGGGUUCUUUCAAUGUAUAUACAGUUCAUUUCAGUUUGUCUACUUAGUUGGUUGAGUGCAAAUGGAAUUGACCCCGCCCCUGGUCUGUUAGCCAAUCACAGCUACUAAUUGCCCUCAAAGGAUUGUAAUUGUAACCCACUCCGCCACAAACCCAACCACCCCACCUCACAUGAUAUCUGCAAGGUUUGAGUGUAUGAGGGGUAACUGACAUGAGGUUUUAGCUCUCAAUUGUGAUCAGGGAUUAUUGGUCAAUUAUAAGAGCUGCCAUUUUGAUCCCAGUUUCUUCAUUGGUAUGUGGAGUUGACAGCACAGGAGGCUGCUGAUGGGAGGACGGCUCAUAAUAAUGGCCGGAAUGGCGCAAAUGGAAUGACAUCAAACACCUGGAAACCAUGUAUUUGAUACCAUUCCCCCAAUUCCGCUCCAGCCAUUCCCACGAGCCCGUCCUCCCCAAUUUAGGUGCCACCAACCUCCUGUGGUUGAUGGGUAUGCUAGAGAGCCAUGCAGAUAUGCCAAGCCUAGUUGAUGCCAAACGCAUUCUCUUAUACACAGAUGGCCCUAUUUGUACGGUCAUAAAGAUUCAGCGUUGUUUUGUCAUUAGGACAUAAGGAAAGCCCACAGUCUGUAGAAAAAUACCUGCACAACUCCUACUGUUCAGGAGUUGGAAUGGAUUGGUUUAGCUUCUCCCUUUUCUAUAUUUUUAUAGGUCGAAAGGAAAGAGCACAAUCCAACUCUGUCGUGAUUGAAUCAUAUGGGAUCAGGAAAUUAGAAAUAGUCUCUGAAACUCCACAAAAGAAAGCACCAGUAUUGACAAAUUGUUGUUAUUGUUGAAUGUUCAAAUGCUUGAACAAUUGGCGCCAAAAUAAAAAUCAGAACCGGUGAUGCAAAGGCCAGAUGGGUAACAUGACCCUGAGAUAGUAAAUUACUUGACAACUAGGGUUGCAAAAUAUAUAUAUAUUUUUUAAUCAUGGUUGAAGAAUUCUAGGUGGGAGGAUUCCCUCGCAGCUUAUUCCCUUCUGAUUACAGGAUUUCUGGAAAAAAAACAGAUUUUUUAAAUAUUUUGCAACCCUUAUGUCAGCAUUUAAGAGGGCUUUUUAAAGACUCUGGUUAGGGCCUCUAGUUCUGACUUUUUCUAUUAGGUUAAACCACAGGACAUAGAUAGCUAGGUAGAGAUUUUCAAACCGGAUGUCUCACUUAGACCAGUCACUUAAAAAAAUACUGUCAACGUCAUUUCAGACCAUGUUUCAUUCCAAAGCAUCUCAAAUGCCCAUGUGUUACAAUUGGUGCCAUUUUAUUUUCCUUCCUGGAUGUUUGGUUGUGUUGGAUCUUUGUAAUCGUCAGGGUGGGCGUUUGCUAGAAGGUUUGCUGAAUGUAAUCACCUGUCACCAACAACACUGUGCCAACCACCAACACUAGAGGCUUUACUCUGGAAAGUGCCGCACAGGUUGAUUUAUAUGGAAAAUAUGUUCCCUGCGCCUCUCCCUCUGUGAGUUGAUUGAGUGUAGGUGUAUAGACUCUUGGUAAACCAGUAUCAUUCUACAGAUUAGUACAUCUAUUUGGCCCCUUCCCACUACUAUUUUUGAGCCAUUGUAGAUAACUUUAUCGAGAAAGCACCUCUAUAGAAAGCCCUGAAACCGUAACUGACGCUUGGCUUUGUAACACUGAGACCAAGAUCAGGGCCUUUUAUUAUCCUGUUCAAGUUCAUGAUCCACCAGCCUCCUUUCCAUUUCAUGCUGUAACGCCAGGUUCCAUUCCAAUCAAUCUCCAUUGCUUUGUUUUGAACCAGCUUUGUCUUGGCUCCAUGUCUUCCUUCUAUUCCACUGAAGUGCUGGACCCUUGACUAUUCCUUCAUUAUGUCCCCUAGUCAGGUCCUCUACCUAACCUUCACCCACUGUAGUGGGUAAAAUACAUUGCCCUGAGUUAUUCCAACCACAAAUCACAAUGACAUUGUUUACUGGUUAUUACAGAGGACAGCCAGGUGCAUCCGGGCCCUUGUUCCACACCCCUGCUGGCUGCCGAUAGAAAUGUGAUGCAACACCCCAGUAAUGUAAUGUCCCUGUCUGAGCAACAGGGCACACCUUUCUUCAGAGAUGGAAAAAGCGAGCGAGACAGACUGGAGGAGUGGGGCUUCUUAGGGUUCAACCAGUCUCUCUGUCUCUCCCACCUCUAAGCCUGUCUCUCCCACCUCUAAACCUGUCUCUCCCACCUCUAAACCUGUCUCUCCCACCUCUAAACCUGUCUCUCCCAGCCUUAAACCAGUCUCUCUUGCCCACCCCUAAAACUCUUUCACCCCUAAACCUGUCUCUCUAGCGACCCCACCUCUUAAACCGUUCUCUCUCUGGCGACCCCACCUCUUAAACCUGUCUCUCUCUGGCGACCCCACCUCUUAAACCUGUCUUUCUCUGGCGACCCCACCUCUUAAACCUGUCUCUCUCUGGCGACCCCACCUCUUAAACCUGUCUCUCUCCUCCUGAUCCUGUUUAGCUGUCCCUUGGAUGUCUGUCUCUCGGUCUGUCUGUCUCUGUCUCUCUCUCUCUGUCGGUCUGUCUCUCUUCUCUCUCUCCUUUCUUUUUUUUCUUUCUUUCCUUCACUUAACUCAUAUUUCCUUCCUCUCUUGUUCAAUUUUCCCCUUGGGCUGGUUUUGUCUCAUCGAUAACCGGUCACUGCCCCACUCCCUUCUGUACAUAAUGUAUGGUUAUUUAUAUUUAAUUCCUGUCUACUGCCUUGCUUUUUUUCUUUGCUUUUUUAAAGAAAAUGUACAUGAGUUGUACUGGGACAAUUUAGAAAUGUAUUAGAUAUUUUGUUUUUCUUGCAAUUUUUUGAUUUGUUAUUAUUAUUGUCUUAAGAAAAUCCUAUUUUUUAUUUGCAUCUUUUGUUUUCUAGUGUUUUAUUAAAAUGUUGAAUAUAUGUAUAUAUAAUUAUAUAUAUGAUAAAAUGGUAUAUAAUUAUAUAAUGCCAAAUGGCCUUUCUAAGCAAGAUAUUGUUUAAACCUAAUAAAAUGCUUGAGAUUU